CUCAGCUGACUGUCAUCACCCGACACCAGGUCCACUCAACAUACACACCGUUCGGCUUAUAUGGACCCGCUGAGGACGCGACGGAACCGGCUGAUGUGUGUGUGACGCGGGCGCUGUCCGCGGUGCUGAAACAUGUUGAAGUCAUCUGACUGGAGGUACGGCAGCUGCAAUGGCUCAUACAGAUGGUUGCUGGUUUGACUGACGCUCAGGUUCCUGCAGGAUGGGCAGUGUUGGCAGCGGGGUGGCUGGCGAGCAGGAGUUUGCCAUGAAGAGCGUGGGCACACGUACCACCCUCCCCCGUGGUCCGCCACUCUCCCGCCGCGGGCCUGCUGACCGCAGCUACAGCGCCGAGCGUCUCCACGCGCCCCCAUCCACCUCGGAGGGCUCCAGCGAUGAGCGAGGGAGCAGCAGCAUCACCACGGAUCGAGUCCAGCUCAACAGCGCCUCCUCUCACCUGGAGCGGCUUCCCACCAACUGCAAUGGGCUGGAGGGUAACGGCGCACGCCGCAGGGAUGGACACAGAGCGGGAGGAGGGAUAUCUCUAGACGUCUGCAGUAACGUCGUGGGUCAUGGUGGUGUGAAGAAUCGUGAUGUCGUGGCACCAGUGAAGGGUAGAAGCGGCAACAAUACCAAGAGAGACAGUCGCACACCACCCAAGAUUCUCACCGUCUCUGGAAAACUCGAGCAGAACACUUCUGCGCUGAUUCGCCCCUCUGCCUUCAAACCCGUUGUGCCCAAGAGCUUUCACUCCUUGCAGAACCUGGUUGGUCAGUCUGGAAGCGGAGCUCGUUCUGCUGGGAGCGGAGAUGGCUCUGAUGCCCCACAGUCCCUCUGUGAGCAGGACAGUCCAGAUAGAGACCCCUCCAGUGGGACUGAUGGCCAGGGCGGCAUGUCUGACUCGGGACGGAACUCUCUGACCAGUUUGCCCACUUACGCGGGGCCGGGUUUGAGUUACGGACCCCCGCAAGCUCUCGGCCCGCUCAGUGCCUCGACCAGUCACAUCAACCGACUGGGCACCACAGCGGCGGCGCUGGAUAAAGUGGACAAACCGAAGUAUCAGAACGGCCUGAGUGUGUCAGACAGCAGCCAGUCCUCCACUGGCAAGAGCUGCUUGUCCUAUCGGAGACUCUGUCAUCUGACCAACGACACUGGAAUGGUCCAGCCCUCGGCAUCCACUGAUGACAUCAUCCAAGACCUGGCGGACAGACUCUGGGAGAAGGAACAGGAGGUGUUGCACAUGCGUCGUAACCUGGACCAGAGCGAGGCGGCCAUCGUGCAGGUGUUUGAGGAGAAACAGCGCGUGUGGAAGCGUGAGAUGGAGGAGUUGAGGCAGAACUACGUCGGGCGUCUGCAGCAGGUGACCCGUCGGGCUCAGCGCACCCAACAAGCUCUGCAGGCACACAUCGCCCGUCUGCAGCAGGAUAAAGGGCGACUGCAGGAGGAGGUCAGCGCUCUGCUCGCCCAGAGAGAGGAGCUGGAGAGAAAGUGUCUGGAUUACCGAAAGGAGCAGGCCGAUAUUCUGCCCCGUCUGGAGGAGACCAAGUGGGAGUUGUGUCAGAAAGCAGGUGAGAUUUCUCUGCUCAAGCAGCAGUUGAGAGAGAGUCAGAACGAGGUGACCCAGCGGGUGGGCGAGAUGGUGGCCCUCAGGGGUCAAGUGAAGGAACUGAACGCCCAGCUGAAGGAGAGAGAGGAGACCAUGAUCAGCCUGAAGGACUCAUACACCAACAAGAGCCGAGAGCUGGAGAGAUGUGAGGGAGAACUCAAGAGAAUGCUGACAGAGGUAUCAAUGCUACGUGACAAGCUGGUUGUGUUUGAAGCUGAGGUUCUGGGUCUCAAACACGCUCUGAGUGAGCUGAGCUGCAGAAACGAUCGCGCCGUCGGUCUGAGUCGCAUCAGUGGCAGUAGCAGUUUACCAUGGGCCGGCCUCCACUCUCCCUGCACGGCCGAUGCCCUUACCGCGCUCACACCCCUCAGCGCUACCGUCGACACUUUCCUGAGCCUGCAGAGCGACGAGGCCAAAGCGCAACGGCAGGAGGCGGGGGAACUGCGGCAUCAGCUGGAGUGCCUGCAGGGGGAGCUGCACCUUGAGCAACAGCAGCGAGAACGACAAGCGCUCACCUUCACUCAAGAGCGCCACACCUGGCAGGACGAGAAAGAGCGCGUGCUGAAGUAUCAGGCGCAGCUCCAGCUCAGUUACGUGGAAACACUGCAGAAGAACCAGGCGCUGGAGGAGCGCAUUGGGCAGCUCGGUGUUAAACUCGCCAUGACGCCCAGCUCACCGCCACCCGUCAGUCUCUCCAUCCCUGUCCCAGUAACCGUCACUCUGUCGCCGACCGUAGACGAUCCCAAACCUUCGGCACUACACCAGCUUGCUCCACCGUGGCCGGGGCCUACUCGCUUGGAGCGGAUCGAGUCCACAGAGAUUUAACAUUUGCUCAAUAUAGACAAAUAAAAUUAAGUUCAUGAGUUCUGUCUAAAGACCCAAACAGGCACUACAGACUGCAGAGAUGGGAGCUGUUUUUCUCCAAGAGAACAAAGUAAAAUGCAGUUAAUUUGCUGGUGAUAUAAAAGUGACCCUGUCAGAUACAAACGCACAUAUUUCUCCAGCAUUUAAGAAGCUGAGCUUUUGACAUUUCUCCGUUUAAAACUAAAAGCAACAGUGAUAUUAAAAAACUAGUUGACCCCAAAAUUCUGUCAUUAUUUACUCCAAACCUGUAUUCUAAUAUUUUUAUAUGUGUAACAAAAAAGGACGAUUUUUGAAGAAUCUUUAGACAGCUCUUUUUCAUACAACGCAUGUGACCAACAGUGUACAAAGUCUAAUCUAAUUACUUUUGGUGAUGAUUGUAAUCAGAUUAUGGUUACUGGCUUUAAUUUAAUUACUUAUGUUACACACUUCUGGAAUAAUAUUAUUUAUGUAGAAUACAUUUAAAACAUAAAUUAUGUUCAUAUGUAUGUGUGCGACAGCUGAAGGAAAAUAAACAA